UUGUUUAGAAAGAUAAUGUUUAGUAAGAGAGCUGUAUAUUCCGAUUUGGAAAAGCAAAUAUUCCUUGAGAUUUUAAAAAAGUACAAACACGUAAUUGAGGCUAAAGGUACAAAUUCUUCUACAUUGAAAGAAAAGUCAGAAGCUUGGUUGUUAAUUAUGACGGAGUACAAUGAUUCUUCCUUAAUUUCUACUAAAAGAGACGUGCAACAAUUGAGAAAGUAUUGGUCUAAUUUAAAACAACAAAGUAAAAACAUAUUGACUACUGAAAGACAAUCAAGGUUUCUCACAGGAGGAGGACCACAACAAAAUAUUGACGAAGUUGAUCCUAAUGUUUUAGACAUUGUCCCUGAUUUAAUGACAACAGCACCAACUAUUUCUUCAAGUAAUUUUUCUACAAAAGAGUCUACAGAUCGACAAAGAGAAGUUUUAAAAGCCAUUAAGCAAAAUUCUUUAACAAGAAUUGAUCACAUUUCUAAUAGAGAACAUUGGGAAAAACAAAAAAAGGCUUAUCAUCCAAUACAUCAUCUAAUCAAUCAAUAUCUGAUAAUAUAAGUGAGAAUGUAAGUGACACUGUAAUAAUUGAUUUUGAGAUGGACGAUGCUGUUCCAAUAGAAAAAACUUUUAGUAAUGACUGUGGUGAGAAAAUACCAAAUAUUAUUCAAAAUAAAAAGCUGUUUGUUGUUAUUGGAACAGAUGUACAUAUUAUGAAAAUCAUGUUUAGAUACAUAUAUUGAAAAUGAAAAUACAGAUUUAUUAGAAGAUAUUAAGAAAAACAAACGUGCAAAUGUCAAUAAAUCAUGUCUCAAUUCAAAGAAGCAAAAAACGGAAAGAAUGACAUUAGUCUAUGAAAAAGAAAUGAAAUUAGCAGAUAUAAAAAUUAAUCACGAAAUAGAGAUAUGUAAACUCAAGAAAGAAAGAGAAGAGUUUAUCAAUAAAAUUACUGUGGAAAGGUUAAUCUUAGAAAAAAA